UCAUGUUUUAGUUAAGUAAUUAGGUAAGUUGUAAUAAUUAUUUAAAUAACUACGUAUCGUAUCUAGUAAAAUAACUAUCUAGUUAAAUUAAUUAGAUAACAAGUUCUAUGUAUAAUAAUUAGUCUAUGAUAAAAAUUAACUAUGAAAAAAUUGCUCAACAAAUAAUUUAUUAUAAGAGAUUAAAAGAUAAUUAUUGACUAUGUUUAGAGAUGGCGUCAGCUGGUGAUUCUAGAGGAUCACGAAAGAAAUUGAAAAGAUUCCUUGGGCGUAACAUUAGUAUGAGUACGAGAAAUAAGAAGAGCAUGAGCGACAGCCACAACCACAUCAGCUAGUGACACCAAUGAGUAUGAGGGCAGACGGCUUUCCUCAGGUUGAUUUUCAGUUGCCUAAUAUGACUGGUAGUGGACCUUGUUCCAGUCACAUUUCACCGUUUGAGCCUUCAGACGAGAUUGAUGACGAGUCUGAGCAGUAUGAGUCGGAUUUUGUUGAAGAUCGCAUUCCACGAGUCAGUCCGAUUAGAGAUAGAGGUGCCGCCAACGAAUCGUCACAUGUCGUUACUGGGAUUUAUAGAGAACAUGCAGGGUGUUUCUACAGAGCUCCACAGCCUGGUGAGGGCCAGAGUGGUAAUGCUGAUGUGGGAGAGGCCUGCGAGCUUAGAGGACCGUGUGCUGGAAGGCCGAAAGACCCGAGUUUGCUCCGUAGCUUUCUUGGGCAUGUUGCCCACCAUCUUUACACGGGACAGGCUGAUAGAGGGUUGAUCACUUGCUACGACAGGAGUUCGACGCUUCAGCAUGUUCUAGCUCCUUAUGAGAUGGCAGAUUCUCGCGCUAGGACUGCCGUAAAGACAUCAGGCCUUCCUCACCUCGUUGAUAUCACCUUCCAGAGCGAGCUGGCCACUGCUCUCAUCUCGGCAUUUGUGGAGAGGUGGAAGCCGAAUACCAACACCUUCCACAUGCCGUUUGGAGAGAUGACGAUCCUCCUUCACGACGUGGCUCACAUUCUUAACAUUGCGGUUGAGGGAGAGGUGAUGGUAGCGGAUCCGAGGCAGUUGGAGAAGAGAUCACUGGAGGAUGACAUGCGAGCAUUACUGGGCUUAGAUCGUGAUGAUUUGGACCACAGGGCGCAGGUUGGACAGGUCGCCAGAGAGUCUAAGUGGUACAGAGGGUUUGGUUUGUUGGGUGUGCCAACUUUGGCUCAUUUGUAGGAGGUUGGUCCGCCACUUAGAGAGGCUUAGUGUUACCUUUUUUUGCUGCUUGGGUCCACAUUGUUCGUAGAUAAGAGUAAGGACCGCGUUUCUUCUGUUAUCAACUUAUUUGUGACUAAACGGCGCGAAAUAUGUAUCCCAUCCAAGCACACUAUCUUGUCUACCACCCUCCCACAUGUCAUGUAUAGAGGGCAUCGGUAUCCUGUGCGCCGGGAAAGAGAGGUUGAGCCAAUGAUCCUGGACGAAAUGCACAACAAUGACUCCUCUAGGACCAGUUGCCCCAGAUAGGUUGUCCACUGGCACGAUGCUACAGUUGUACGUAGUUGGUGUUAAAGAGUGUGGCAAAUACGAAUAGAUCCACACCCAUCAUCCAAUAACGAAAUGUCGUUGGCGCUAUAAUAGCGAUGUCAAUGCGUCUGAUUGCCGCAACCACAUCCGACUCGUACAUGUUAGCGUAUCGCCAAUCGUGCUGACGGAGUUCUUCAGCAAUUAGUCGCCUCACCUCUGGGAACACAUCUUGAUUACCAUAUAAUGCAAAUCUAAGUGCACGAAACCCACAAUGACCGUCUGACACCGGGUCGUGGAAGGCAAUGCCAAGGUCCCGAAACAAAGACAGGAAGCAGAUGCAAGUGUGCGUAUUCAGAAUGGGUGCUGGAUCCAGGGACAUCUGUGAAGGAAAUAGAUAAUCAGCACAUAUUCUACAUAAACUAUUCAUAUAAAUAACUAUUCUUAUG